AUGGGAUCUGGGCCAGUCAACAAGCACAAGCCAUGGAUUGAGACCUCCUAUCACGGGGUCAUAACGGAGAACAAUGACACAGUCAUUUUGGACCCACCCCUGGUAGCCCUGGAUAAAGACGCGCCAGUUCCUUUUGCAGGGGAGAUCUGCGCGUUCAAGAUCCACGGCCAGGAGCUGCCCUUUGAGGCCGUGGUGCUCAACAAGACGUCUGGGGAGGGCCGGCUGCGCGCCAAGAGCCCCAUCGACUGCGAGCUGCAAAAGGAGUACACGUUCAUCAUCCAGGCCUACGACUGCGGCGCCGGGCCCCGAGAGACGGCCUGGAAGAAGUCACACAAGGCUGUGGUCCAUAUCCAGGUGAAGGAUGUCAAUGAGUUUGCCCCCGCCUUCAAAGAGCCUGCCUAUAAAGCCGUCGUGACGGAGGGCAAGAUCUAUGACAGCAUCCUGCAGGUGGAGGCUGUCGACGAGGACUGCUCCCCGCAGUACAGCCAGAUUUGCAACUACGAGAUCGUCACGACAGACGUGCCUUUCGCCAUCGACAGAAAUGGCAACAUCAGGAACACCGAGAAGCUGAGCUACGACAAGCAACACCAGUAUGAGAUCCUGGUGACCGCCUACGACUGUGGACAGAAACCUGCUGCACAGGACACGCUAGUGCAGGUGGACGUGAAGCCAGUGUGCAAGCCUGGCUGGCAAGACUGGGCCAAAAGGAUUGAGUACCAGCCCGGCUCGGGGAGUAUGGCCUUGUUCCCCAGCAUCCACCUGGAGACGUGCGACGGAGCCGUGUCCUCCCUGCAGGUCACCGCGGAGCUGCAGACCAACUACAUCGGGAAGGGCUGCGACCGGGAGACCUACUCGGAGAAGUCCCUUCAAAAGCUCUGUGGAGCCUCCUCCGGCAUCAUCGACCUCCUGCCAUCCCCCAGUGCUGCCACCAACUGGACCGCAGGACUGCUGGUGGACAGCAGCGAGAUGAUCUUCAAGUUUGAUGGCCGGCAGGGCGCCAAAAUCCCUGAUGGGAUUGUGCCCAAGAACCUGACGGAUCAGUUCACCAUCACCAUGUGGAUGAGACACGGCCCCAGCCCCGGCGUGCGAGCCGAGAAGGAAACCAUCCUCUGCAACUCAGAUAAGACCGAAAUGAACCGGCACCACUACGCCCUGUACGUGCACAACUGCCGCCUCGUCUUCCUCUUGCGCAAGGACUUCGACCAGGCCGACACCUUUCGCCCUGCAGAGUUCCACUGGAAGCUGGACCAGAUUUGUGACAAAGAGUGGCAUUACUAUGUCAUCAAUGUCGAGUUUCCUGUGGUCACCUUAUACAUGGACGGAGCAACAUAUGAACCAUACCUGGUGACCAACGACUGGCCCAUUCAUCCAUCCCACAUAGCCAUGCAGCUUACAGUCGGUGCUUGUUGGCAAGGAGGAGAAGUUGCCAAACCCCGCUUUGCUCAAUUCUUCCAUGGUAGCCUGGCUAGUCUCACCAUCCGUCCUGGCAAAAUGGAAAGCCAGAAGGUGAUAUCAUGCUUACAGGCCUGCAAGGAAGGGCUGGAUAUUAACUCCUUGGAAAGCCUUGGCCAAGGAAUAAAGUAUCACUUCAACCCCUCGCAGUCCAUCCUGGUGAUGGAAGGCGAUGACAUCGGGAACAUCAACCGUGCACUCCAGAAGGUUUCCUACAUCAACUCCAGGCAGUUCCCCACGGCCGGGGUGCGGCGCCUUAGAGUCUCUUCCAAAGUCCAGUGCUUUGGGGAAGACGUGUGCAUCAGCAUCCCCGACGUGGAUGCCUACGUGAUGGUCCUGCAGGCCAUGGAGCCCCAGAUCACCCUGCGGGGCACGGAACGCUUCUGGAGACCGGCCUCUCAGUUUGAAAGCGCCAGGGGAGUGAUCCUCUUCCCCGACAUCAAGAUCGUGAGCACGUUCGCCAAGGCCGAGGCCCCCGGGGAUGUGAAAACCACAGCCCCCAAAUCAGCAGUCUUAGAUGAAAUGCUUCACAACUUGGACUUCUGUGACAUUCUGGUGCUUGGAGGGGAUUUGGAUCCAAGACAGGAGUGUUUGGAGCUCAACCACAGUGAACUCCACCAGCGACACCUGGAUGCCACUAAUUCUACUGCAGGCUACUCCAUCUAUGGUGUGGGAUCCAUGAGCCGCUAUGAGCAGGUCUUGCGACACAUCCGCUACCGCAACUGGCACCCAGCUUCUCUUGAUGCAAGGCGGUUCCGGGUCAAGUGCUCAGAACUCAACGGGCGCUACACCAGCAAUGAGUUCAACUUGGAGGUCAGUGUGCUCCGCGAAGUCAGGCUCUCGGACAAGGAGCAUGUGAACCACCUGAUUGUGCAGCCUCCCUUCCUCCAGUCUGUCCAUCAUCCCGAGACCCGGAGCAGUAUCCAGCGUAGCUCAGUGGUCCCAAGCAUUGCCACGGUGGUCAUCAUCAUCUCCGUGUGCAUGCUCGUGUUUGUCGUGGCCAUGGGCGUGUACAGGAUCAGGAUCGCCCACCAGCACUUCAUCCAGGAGACUGAGGCUGCCAAGGAGGCUGAGAUGGAUUGGGAUGACUCUGCACUGACGAUCACGGUCAACCCCAUGGAGAAACAUGAAGACCCAGGGCGUGGGGAAGAGGAGACCGAGGGAGAGGAGGAGGAGGAGGCGGAGGAAGACGGGAGCUCCAGCAGCAGCGACUCCGAUGACAGUGAAGAGGAGGAGGAGGAGGAAGGGAUGGGCAGAGGCAGACACGGGCAGAGUGGAGCCAGGCAGGGCCAGCUGGAGUGGGACGACUCCACCCUGUCCUACUAG